AUAAAAAAGGUGAGCACUCUAUCAAAAUAUGAGAGGUGCAUAAACACUCUCAUCAUUCUCUUACAAGAUGAUGCGAGUUCUUGAAGCACCCACUUCACUCUAUCUCUCUUUUCAUGCCUGCAAAUCACAUCACACUAAAGGAACUAGUGCAAGUGAAUCAUGUGUCUCGUUUAGUGUUAACAAGUCUGUUAAGUUGCAUAAGCAUCAUGUGAGGACUUCGGGUUUAUCGAGGUGUUGGCGGGAAGUUUCUGGUAAGAUUGGUGCUGCUGCAUCUGAUGUUCAAGCAUCAACUCAAACAGCAGAUAAGGAUGUACUGAAUGCCUUGUCUCAGAUAAUUGAUCCAGAUUUUCAAACUGACAUUGUUUCCUGCGGAUUUGUGAAGGACCUUUGUGUUGACGAAGCUUCAGGAGAGGUUUCGUUUCGGUUAGAGCUCACUACACCAGCAUGUCCAAUCAAGGACAUGUUCGAACAGCAGGCUAACGAGGUGGUUGCAGCACUUCCCUGGGUUAAAAAGGUUGAAGUUACAAUGUCAGCCCAACCAGCAAGACCUGUUUAUGCUGAUCAGCUUCCAAUGGGACUGCAAAAAAUAUCAAACAUAGUGGCAGUUUCAAGUUGCAAGGGAGGCGUGGGAAAAUCAACAGUAGCUGUGAACCUAGCAUACACUUUGGCUGGUAUGGGUGCAAGAGUUGGUAUAUUCGAUGCUGAUGUCUAUGGGCCAAGCCUACCAACAAUGGUAUCUCCUGAAAAUCGGCUGCUUGAGAUGGACCCAGAGACGCAAACAAUUAUUCCAACAGAAUACAUGGGAGUAAAGUUAGUUUCUUUCGGGUUUGCUGGAAAAGGGCGUGCAAUAAUGCGAGGUCCAAUGGUUUCUGGUGUUAUCAACCAAUUGCUAACUACUGCUGAAUGGGGAGAGCUGGACUACCUUAUCAUCGACAUGCCUCCUGGAACUGGUGAUAUUCAGCUUACCUUAUGCCAGGUGGCUCCAUUAAGCGCUGCUGUUAUUGUUACUACUCCCCAGAAGCUAGCAUUUAUUGAUGUUGCUAAAGGAGUUCGGAUGUUUUCUAAGCUAAAGGUCCCAUGCAUAGCAGUAGUUGAGAACAUGUGCCAUUUUGAUGCUGAUGGAAAACGCUUUUACCCAUUUGGAAGAGGAUCAGGCUCUCAGGUUGUCGAGCAAUUUGGGAUCCCACAUCUCUUUGACCUACCUAUUAGACCAACUCUUUCUGCUUCCGGGGACAGUGGGAUUCCUGAAGUAGUAUCUGACCCGCAAGGGGAGGUUGCAGAUACAUUCCAAAACCUAGGAGUUUGUGUGGUGCAACAGUGUGCUAAGAUCCGCCAACAAGUGUCAACAGCUGUAACAUACGAUGCCACUAUCAGGGCAAUCAUGGUGAAAUUACCCAAUUCCAAUGAAGUGUUCCUUCUAGAUCCUGCUACUGUAAGACGAAACGACAGAUCUGCCCAGAGUGUGGAUGAAUGGACUGGGGAGCAGAAACUGCAGUAUAAUGAUGUUCCAGAAGACAUUGAACCUGAGGAAAUUCGGCCAAUGGGGAACUAUGCUGUAUCAAUAACAUGGCCAGACGGUUUCAGUCAGAUUGCUCCGUAUGAUCAGCUUCAGACAAUGGAGCGUUUAGUUGAUGCUCCUGAGCCGAUUCCAGCAUAGGUUAAAACUCAUUUGAACCUAUAGGAGGUAUAGAUUUUUGUGAAUACUGCACCUUAGUUACAGAAUGACGAUGGACGCUUCUGGACAUACAUUUUCCUAUAAACAUUUACAAAAUUACAGCUUGAUCUGCUACAAGGCCCUAAUGUUCUUCUGCUUCACCAAAAAGAAAUGACAGCACCCGUGCGCACUGCGAUACAAGUCCCCUCUUUUAACCAGCUGAACCAACCCUUGCGGGCUGUUUCACUAUCUUGGUACUGUCCAAAUUAGGCAAACUCAGUAUUCAUGCUGGUGUAAAGUAGAAAAGCUCAGUAUUCAUGCAAGUCAUUUGAGCCUUGACAUAAACCAGAAAGCUGUAAAUCUCAUUUUAUUCACAUGAUGUGAAAUUAAGAUGGUGCCUUUUUCUUGACUA